UGUAUUUGUUAACAUGGCUAGGGUCAGUGAGAAACGUGCAGGUGUAUACGCUUUCGGUUCGCUUUAUCUCUACACAUUGGGUGUGUGUCAUGAAUGGUUUUAAGAGGCCAGAGAACCGGAUCUGCUGAUGUUUAGUUUAUAACCAGAGGGACUCAGACGUGGCAUAGCAGGGAGGCUCACUGACAUAGAGAGAGGGCUUCCUUAUGUGCUGUCCGCUAUGAAGCUUCUCUUUCUGGCCUGUCUUAGAGCGCAUACUGGCAAUGCAACCACAGCACAGAGAAUCAAGCACCAUCUUGAAGCAGCUGGUCACACAAUUGUUCUCAAAGAUGCCACUGCCAUAGAAAGCUCAAGCGAAGUUUCAAAGCUGAUCUUUAAAGAGAAUAUUGAAGGAGCCCUGGUGAUACAUUUAUAUAAAGCAGGACGAUUUAUUUUGGGGAAUAUAAUACCGUUUGGAACAAUAUUUGGUGGAACAGACAUUAAUGAAGAUGCCAAGGAUGAUCAGAAAUUCAGAGUAAUGGGAGCAGUACUUGAAGAAGCUAGGUUUGCAGUGGCUUUUACUCCUAAAAUAAAGGACAUGGCUGCAGCAUGUUGGCCUCAUUGUCUUCAUAAGAUACACAUCCAACCUCAAGGAAUUUUAACAAAGCCAAGUGUGUCCUUCAAUUGUGAAACCUUUCUACAAAAUGCAGGAAUUCAACGGAAUCUAGAGAAUUUGCAUCUAUUCCUCUUGAUAUGUGGCCUGAGAAAAGUAAAAGAUCCACUUUAUCUGGUUGAAGCUUUUCAAGAAUGGCAUGAAAAGGAACCAAAUGUUUACUUGGCUUUAAUUGGACCAAUGCAAAAAUGGACACAGUACACAAUGAGGAGGAUUUCAAUACAGAUCCACUCGCAUUCACCGAUGACGAUGCAGACAGCAUUCUGGUCUCAGACGAAACUUGUGAGUUGGGAGGUUGAUCCAGUAUUCACAAAUGAGGUCAAAGCCAAACUUCUAAACACCCAUGGUAUUCACCUGAUUCAAGAAAUCCCUCAACCAGAUCUCCAGGCUCUUGUAAAAAGGAGCUUUGCAGUGGUGAACAGCUCUAUAUCUGAAGGAAUGUCAGCAGCUAUACUAGAGGCAAUGGAUUUAGAAGUCCCUGUACUGGCAAGGGAUAUACCAGGGAAUUCUGCAAUAAUAAAACAUGAAGAUACCGGCCUACUCUUUUCUACCCCUCAGGAUUUUGUCCAGCUAGCCAAAAGACUGAUGAGGGAACCAGCUUUAAAAAGGAGAAUUAUCACUAAUGCAAGAGAGUAUGUGCACAUCAACCAUUCAUGGAUGCUUGAAAGGGACAGAUAUCAUAACCUUAUUCUAAGUCUAGAAUUGACAAGUUGACACAUCUCAAAAAUAUGUUACAUCAAUGAGGUCUCCAUUUUGUGAAGAAUUUUAAUAUUGUGUUUUAUGAAUUUGCCUGAUUUUGGGCACUUUUACAAAUAAUCAUCUGCCUUUUUAUUGUAAUUUUAAGCUUAAAAUGAUUGUAAAUCCUAGCAUUUUUGAAAAACUAGAAUUUACCAGUGGAACAAAUAAAGGGGACUUUCAGGCAUAAAGUAUAAAAUACUUCAUGCUGAAAACUC